AAGCGAAAAAUGGAGGCGACCGGCCGGUUGACAGUUCUCCAGAAGGUAUCCUACGGGCGGGCAUGCUUAUACUUAGGGAGUCUUUUGAUCAUUCUUCUUUCGUUCUUGCUAGUUCGUCAACUUGCCAAGCAGAGGAGACCGAGAGGGUUCCCUCCGGGACCUACACCAUUGCCUAUAAUUGGGAACAUCUUGUCCCUCGCCUCCGAGCCACACGUCUACAUGAAGAAACAAAGCGAAAUCCACGGACAGAUCUUCAGUCUUGAUUUGGGUGGCAUCUCCACCGUGGUGCUGAACGGCUACGAUGUAGUCAAAGAGUGUCUCGUGCAUCAGAGCGACUUGUUUGCGGACCGUCCAUCUCUGCCUUUGUUCGAGAAAAUGACAAAAAUGGGAGGGCUUCUUAACGCCAAGUAUGGCAGGGGAUGGGUCGAGCAUCGCAAACUCGCCGUCAACAGCUUCCGCUACUUCGGCACUGGCCAGAAGACGUUUGAGAACAAGAUCUCAGAGGAGUGCAUGUUUUUCGUGGACGCCAUCGACGAGCACAAGGGGAAGCCCUUUGACCCUAAGCACUUGGUGACGAACGCCGUAUCCAACGUCACCAACCUCAUCCUUUUCGGCAACCGCUUCACCUACGACGACCACGAGUUCCAGCACAUGAUAGAGAUCUUCAGCGAGAACGUGGAGCUGGCGGCCAGCGGCUGGGCCUUCCUCUACAACGCCUUCCCCUGGAUCGAGAUCCUUCCGUUCGGCAAGCACCAGAAGCUGUUCCGCAACGCUGCGGCGGUGUACGUCUUCCUGCAGCAGAUCACCGAGCGGUUCGCGCAGGGCAGGACGCGCCAGUCCCCGCGCCACUACAUCGACGCCUACCUGGACGAGAUGGACCAGAGCGCCGGGGACUCCACCGCCUCCUUCUCCCUGGAGAACCUCAUCUUCUCCGUGGGCGAGCUCAUCAUCGCUGGCACGGAGACCACCACCAACGCCAUCCGCUGGGCCAUGCUGUACAUGGCCCUGUACCCCAGCGUCCAAGAGAAGGUGCAGGGGGAGAUAGACCGGGUGCUGGGGAACGGCAGGCCGCCCACCCUGGAGGACAGGCUGCGGAUGCCCUACCUGGAGGCCGUGCUGCACGAGGUCCUGCGCUUCUGCAACGUGGUGCCCCUGGGCAUCUUCCGGGCCACCUCGGGCGACGCCCUGGUGAGGGGCUACUCGGUUCCCCGCAGCACCCUGGUCAUCACCAACCUGUACUCCGUGCACUUCGACGAGAAGUACUGGAGCCACCCGGACGUCUUCUCCCCCGAGAGGUUCCUGGACGCAAGCGGGAACUUCGUCAGGCGGGAGGCCUUCCUGCCCUUCUCCCUGGGGCGGCGACACUGCCUGGGGGAGCCGUUGGCCAGGAUGGAGAUGUUUCUGUUCUUCAGCACGCUGAUGCAGAGAUUCAGCCUGCAGUUUCCCCCCGGGGUCGUCCCAAGCCUCACCCCCAAACUGGGCAUGACGCUACAACCUCUGCCCUACGCCAUCUGUGCCACCAGGAGGCAGCAGUGAAGAGUUAGCCCAGCGUCUGAACUGCGAUGAGACUAACUCAAACCAGCGCAGAAAGGCAGCUAAUGUCUCCCAUCUGAACUCCCCAACCGCAUCUGCAGCCGUAAAUUAUUACGCUCCUCUUACUCAGUGCUGUGCCUGAUGUGAAGCUAUUGAACUGCAGUUCAUAUUUCUGUGAUUUCUGUCAGUUCAGUACGAAAUCGCAGCAAAAAAACAAAACAAAAUGGAAGCCGAUGGAAAUAUCAGUCAGUAUCUCCAACUGAAUCAUUAGCCUUAUGUGUAGUGGUACGCUCCAUGGUGCAGAAUUUAAUCCUGAAUGCUACAGUUCUGGCUCUGGUUUGGAGUCUAGCACAGCAGUGCAGAAUUAGCCACAGCAUCUCCCUAUAGCAAUAACUGCACAGCCCAGCUGGUGGACUAUAGAGUGAGCACAAGUAGCAGCUGACUGGACACAUUUUGGAAGAUGCCUAUGCUACUGUGCACUGACCAAAAUUGGACUUGUGACCAUGGGACGGGAUUGCUUUUAAGACUGAGCAACCUAAAUUUGUUCAUAAAGAAAAAUGAGUUGAGUUGAAUUAAAAAGGGGAUAUGGAACAGAUCCUAGGACUCUAGGACAGACAGAAAGCAUGGCAAAUUAUAUCAGGGGCUACUUUUGCCGACUCUGGCUUACAUGUAAAUUAGGUUUUACAAAAAGAACAGAGAACAAAGUGGAACAAACGCAAAAUAAGCAUGUUUUAUUGCUGAUAAACUUUCAGGACUUUUAAAGUGCCUUACAGUGCUUAUGCUCCAUAUACGCCUGAGAGCCAGCUGAAACAAAGUUUAAAUAUUUUCAUUUUUGACAGAAUAUGAUAUGUUGCAGUUUGGGGAACAGUAUUUCAUUUUUGUUGAAUGUUCCUUGUAGUGUUAGAAUAUACGGUUCUUGAGAUUAACACCAGAGACAAAGUCCCCCUACAGGGGACAAACAUUUAUUUCCAGGUCUUUGGAGAAUAUGUUAAGGCUUUUAGAGCAAAGCAGUUAGAUCCAGGGGUGUCUGCAGUGUGUGUAUUGUUGGCGAGGUUCUUGCCUAAUCCCACCUGCUUCACAGAAAUGUGCCGAAACUGGAACGUACAGAACUGCUGUGUCAGGUGAAGACUAAAGGUACACAAGCUGUCUUUCCUAGAAUAUGCGCUAUAUCCUCAAAUGCCGCCUGUUGCAUAACACUGCCUUUGGCUUCAGUGUAUUUAUCAGCUCUGCGAACCAUGAACUCUUUCUGAGAUGUCACGUUAUGACUGACAGAAAAUUGAUUAUUUCAGUGUGGAAUAAUCCACUAUGUCAGUACAUUUGAAGAGAAACAUUUAUCAACAGUCUGCACAAGAAUGCUUAACAUGAAAUUGUAUUAUUUUUUGUAUUUGUGUAUUGUUUUAUUAUUCUGAGAGCACAGUAACAAAGUUGAGUUUACAGCAUACAGUAUGUCAGCAUCCUAGUCAUAUUGUAUUGAUUGUGUAACAACAUUACAAUUCAGGUUUCAGUGUUGUGAAGUUUGGCUUACUUGAAUACAUUGAGUAGGUUAAACAUUUUCUAUAAUCUGUAAAACUGUUCUAUACUCGGUUUCAUGUUAUACCUAACUGAAGUUUUUUAUAGCUUUUAUUUGUGAGCAAGCAUAAGCAUUGCUGUGUUUUGUCAAAUAAAACAAUUUGGAGUAGGAUACUGGUUUGAAAAUAAAUAAUUAUAAAUUCAAUUACUUAUAAAGUACAGAAAUAUCAAAUUCAAAAACCAUUCAGAAAAACAAUGUUUGAGGUGGAGUAGAAUGAGGGAGAAGCAGUCACCCAUCGCCUUAAACAGCCUCCCCUAUUUGCAACUCAAAAGUUUGAUAUCAGACUAGAAAAUGCUAUUAAUAGCAGGACCUGUACACAUUCCAGGU